AAGGUCCUCAAGGUCGUGUAUGAUAUGAGUAUAUAUGAUGGGUCAAAUACCAUAGAAAGAAUCAAAGAAAUUUUAUCCAAAGGAAAAACUUUGUUUUCAUUUGAAUCAUGUCAAGAACGCUUACUUUAUCCAGAAGCAAUACCACAUCAUCGUCUUGGUAUAACUUUAACACCAAUUAGUAAUCAUGGAUUAGCUGGACCAGCAACAUACGACCCUCAAUUUACAGGAAUCAAUGAUUUCAGCAAAAAGCCUAUGAGUUUACGUGGAUAUACUUUAGGCGCUAGAACAGCACCAAGACUGACUUCUCAAUUACAUACUACUAAUGCUCCAGAUCCUGGAGCUUAUCAAAACCAUAUCAACAACACAUUAGCAGUGAAACCGAAUAAAAAGCCAUUUAAUCGUUGUGCACCAAGAUGUAAUAUAUCACCAAAUGUCACAUCUACUGUCGGGGUUGGAACAUACGAUAUAACAAGUGAAAUAGGUCGACGUGUACAAUGGCAAAGAGAUACAAUGUUACAUCCUGUCAAUCUGCCUACAAUUGAACAAAAGAGUACAAUACCCGUUAAUACAGAUAAACUUUCCACUACUGCAGAGUGUAAACGUUAUCAGAGGAAACUGGCAUAUUUACAACUUUAUUUUAAAUAGACAAUGAAUGAAUGAAUGAAUAUGUAUGAAUUGAAGUGUACUGCU